UCACGUUGACGUCGAGCGCAUACACGUCACCGUCCAUAAACACACGGAUCAAACUGUUACCGACUGGUCGCCGUUCGGGAAUACAAGUAGAAGACCGUAGCGUGGAUUUUUAAAGAAAGAAAGAUAUUUUCUGGAGAAGAAACCGGGGAAUACAGAGAACGAGAGAAAAGAAAACGAGGAAACCACCAAAAGGAAAUGCCAAUCGCAGCCACGGGUCAACUGACGACUCAGGAACCCUGUAUUUUCUCCCGACUGCCCUCCACCCCGGAGCCUGUACCAAAAGGGGGUAAUUUAUGUGACGCUGCGGGGGCAGUAGCCGAGUCGCAGGAGCGAACAGAAUACGGGGGCACCGAGGGGGGCAGGGGAGGACUAGUAGCCAGCUACAGUCAGACCAGCGGCGCUAGGGGAUUUCUGCCGCUUCGUUCAUCCAACUCCAACGGUUCUCCUCCGCAAUCCCCUCCCACGUCCUCCCCCCUCGCCUCAUCUUUCUUCCAUCACCACCCCUAUCAAAUGGCCAUGGAGCCGCCCAGGACUCGAUCGCGUUCUCGGUCUGGAUUCUACCAGCAGUAUGGUGCGACUGUCCCCGGGAUUAAUGCCAAUGGGGGAAACGGACCUAAUCACCACCGUCACCACAGCCAGCAGCAACAUCAUCAACAACAGCAGCACAACUCUGGUUGCUCACCCCUUGGAGCUCACAGCCACCACACGGAGCAGCACAGCAUACGAGCCCCGGGAUCUAACGUCUCCCCCGGCGCUCAGAGGCAGUCGGGACCGCCUGGAGCACAUCGCAUCUCACCCGCAGGAGCCGUAGGGGGAAGGAGCCAUCCUGACCAUGCCUGUGGAGAGGAGGGUGACAAGGCCUCAGUCCCAGUCUCCUAUACGGUGACUCCUGUCCCUUCUCAUCAUGGUCUGGUAGCUCCUCUGUAUACAGGACAGCACCUCCCUCCUGUCUGUUCCUCUCAACAACAGAUCCCAGCAUGCAGUGUGGUCUUCAGUACAGGACAACACUACCACCCUAUGCUGGGGGCGUGUUCGGUGCAGCAUUUACCUGUUCCCUACUCCUUUCCCUCCCUCCUCUCCAAUGAUCCUCCUUUCCUCCUCCCCCCUCCCCACCUCUCUCACCACCCCCCUCACCUCCCUCCACCUGGACAUUUCCUUCCCUUCCCGACACAACAGUCCAGAUCGCCGUUGCAGAGGAUAGAGAACGAGGUGGAGCUGCUUGGAGAGCACCUGUCUGUGGGAGGGGGGUUCAACUACCCUCAUGGAGGACACCACCCCUCCUCCCUGCCCCCUCCACACCUCCAGUUCCUGUCUCAUCACGACUCCCUGUCACAGGAGCUGUUUGAGAAGACGGAGUGGUAA